CAUUAAUUACUGUCUGUAUCAUGUACGUACGCUAUGCACAUCAAAAGCAUGCAGCAUGGCAGGCCCUGGGCACUCUAUGGCUAGAUCAGGUCAGGUCGCGGCCAGCACGUCGCCCCAAUACCUGCAGGCAAUGAAAGAAGGGAGGCAAGGAUGGACGUGUUUAGUUGUGUAUGCUGUGCGUUUGUGUGCGGUGCGUCCCGUACCGUACCUGUCAGCGAGAGCCUCAUCUUCGUCCCAGAGCAGAAACCCCGGCCGGCCGUCACAGUCGUCAAACUCAUCCUCUUCCUCCUCGUCGGCAAGAUGACCACCGCCUGUGUACCAUACCAGGCACACCACGCGUUGGUUGACAGGACAGCACCCACAAAGAGACAGAUGGAUGGACAAACACACACGUGGACAGAUCGGAUGAACGAAUGGAUGAACAGAAUUAUAUUACCUACCGUCUCUGUUGCCGUCGCGUGCUCUCCGGGCGAUCUCCGAGGCCAAUAUCUCACUGAUACACACACACACACACACACACGCGGAUACACAGAGGGAUCCACAAACUGACACAACACGUGUGUGUGCAUCAUGCAUGAUGUGUGGGCGGACGGUACCCCUGCUCCUCCCUGCGGACGAUCUGGCACCACUCCUACACACAAACGUUAGUCACACGGCAUGACAUUCAUUGCCUCGUGUAUACAUAUUGGAUGGAUGGAUGUGUGUGGUGUGUGCAAACGUAACGGACGUACGAUGUUGUGGACUUGGUACUUGAGCUCUUUAACCUUGUCGGCCAGCUGCGGAUCGAACUCAACUAUGAUAGACAAACUGUCGCUCGCCUGUUGACGACAGACAGCACACACAAACAGAGACAACACACACACACAGAGAACACACAGAUGGAUGGGUGAUGGGUGGGCUCUCUCUCUCUCUCUGUGUGUGUGUGUGUGUGUGUGCCUGUUUGCGUAUGGCGAGGUUGGAGUCUCUGAGUAGGUCCAGCAGGAACUGAGAUAUCUCGCUCUCGCGCAUCACACGAUCCCUGCCAGCCAUACAUGAAUGGUCCACACAAUCAGCCAGACAGAUGCACGGUCCACGGCCCCGUCGGAGUGUGUGGUGUGCCUGGUUUGGUCGUGCAUGAGGAAGCAAUGGAACAGAUACAGCAGCUGCAGCACUAUCUCAUCGUCCUCCUGACACACACACACACACACACACACACGUGUGCAUUGUCUUUUCUCCCUCUGCGUGCGCGUGGAUGGAUCGAGGUGCAUACCUACCUGUUUGGCCGUCAGGAGCUCCUGGAAGAGUGUGAGGAAUCUCGGUGAGGCCAGGUGCACCAUGGCCUCGCUGUCGUUGGCAGCUAUGGUGCCGCAUAACAUCACACACCUGCAGACACUCAUUCAUGCCAUGGAUGGACGCAAUGCACACACACACUCACACACAUGGAUGUGUGUGUGUGCGCGUGUGACUGUACUCGAGUACGAUGUCGUCUAUGGCUUCGUUGAUGGCACCGGUGAGCGGCGAGAAGGCAAACGUCAUCCCACAGCCUUCAGACAACAACCUAGUAGGUGGCACACACAUGGGAUGGGAGAAAGGGGAGGGGCAGACAGAAACCCGAAUUGGUCUUUACUUGUGAAUGAGGUCAAUGAGUCCCUCUAAGUCGAGCCAGCGGAUCUCCGCCACACUCAUGCUCGACAGCGUGCCCAACAAUUCUACCUAAUGACACACACACAAGGAUGUGUGUUUGGGGGGGAGAGCGCUUGGGUGUUUGUGCGUACCAGCAGUUCCGGCGCGUCUAGAGAUGUCUGUGCGAGGCGGGCAAACUCCUUCAGCCAAUGGGACAUCCUGCACACACGCACACAUAAACACACCACACAGUCAUGGCGAGGGUGUAUGUCUCGACCCGACCGUAUGGACGACUUGUUGAGGUGCUCGUAGAGCUUUGGUCGCGACACAUCAUGCCGAGCCACGUUGCGCACAACCUACACACACACACAGGUACCAUACCCACGCGUGAGAAGAGCCUCGGUGUGUGUGUGGCGCGGGGAGAAGUAAGUAAGUGUCUGCGGACCUUGCACAGCAACGCGUCACGCGUCUUCAUCACGCGAUCCACCACCUACCAUUCCAUUCCGCGGUGGCACAUGACAUCCCCAUGCGUGUGGUUGCAUACUUUGUCCAUGAGUUUUGUGUCGCACAUAAUCUCCGCUGCUCGGGGGUGCGUCGACAGAUUCACUGCCACCGACACCAAAUCCCUGCAGGCAGGCCAUGGCAUCAUACGCACACAAUACACGGAUGGAUCCCGUCCGAUGAUGGAGGGGAGGUGUGUGUGGGUGUGUGUGCCUGUCAGCUGUGCUGACCUGCCGACUUUUUGCUCUGGGAAGUGGAUGACCAGCUGCAGCAACAUCGGGAUCUGACCAAUAUGCACACAGCCGCACCGCACACAGACACACAGACACACAGACACACAGCAGAUGGAAUGGAUGCACACAACACAUGGGGGGAUGUAUCUGAUGGAUGUGUGCUCAUCGUAUGUAUCGUCUUGCUAACUUACGGCGUCGUUGUGGUAAGUGAGCAGCGAUUUGCACCGGUCGUCCUGCGUCAGCUGAGACAACACACGCAGCGACACCUAUGCGCCGGCCAUACACACAGACACACAAACAUACAGAUAGAGAAUCACACAGCACAGAGAGGGGAUCUGAUCUAUUGUGCAUGUGGGUACUCACUUGUCUGUAUCGUGGUUCCUUGAGCAGGUCGGUGAGUAUCUUCAACACACUACCACGACCACUAGCCGUCCCCUCAACUGCACAUCACAUCCACACACCACACCCAUCACACACAACAACCGCACUUAGCCCACGAAUCCUCUUCAUGUGUGUGUGUGUACUUGUCUGUCUGUCAGUCCCUCACCGAGUUCCACGCGCACAUCGGGGUCGAAUGCCAGGUUGUAGAGCAGCCGACACGCCAGCAGCAGCACAAAGGGGGAGGUCUGUGUGCCUCCCCCAACACACGACACCAGCCGCAGCAGCUUCGGCAACACACCUGCACAGCACACGCACACACACACAGAUGAAGUGAAGAAGGGCGGGCGACUGACUGCCUUACCAGCUCGGCGCAUUUCGUCUUUGUUCUCGCCGAUGAUGGCCAUCUUCUUCAAAUACGUCUGAAUGCAUGGCAAGCAUCAAGACACAUACACACAUAACAUACAUAGACAUAGGGUGCGUCUGUCUGCGUACCCUACCAGGGCGACCAUGGUGAGCUCCACAUGCGUCCACGGCGAUCGGUCCAGCACGGGCACCAGACAGCGUAUGAGGGAGUGGUGUGCCACCAGCUGCCUCUCCACACCGAUGUCCUCACUGAGGUGCAGGAGGGUCAGGAUGGCGGAGUACACCAAACGGGACUGCCGCCGCUGCACACGGCUGAACCGACGCUCUUCCAAUUCCAGCUGCCCACCGGACACACAGGACACACACAAAUCGGAGAGGGAUGAGAGAGAGGGUGGGGGGCAUACCAUAGCAUAUGGGUUUAUGGCAUGCCAUGCGUCCCGUACCAUACCUACCGCCUUUUGUUUGUCAUCGUCUGUCAUGUCCUUGGUGGUGUCGACGAUUCCCUGACGCUUCUGGCGCAACUCCUGGAUUGGAUGGACACAUCGAUCACAUACAAUACAUAUGCACACACACAUAAAUAAACAAGCUGCAGGCAGGCAGGCAGGUGGACAUGAUGGGCGCGGCGUGUGUGUGCGUGGUCGACUCGACUCAACGGAUGUGUGAGUGGGUCGGAUCAGUCCAGUCAGUCAGUGUGUCCCUACCGUACCCUACCUGCAGCCGCACCAGCCACCGCUUGUUCUCGUACUCGAGCAGACGCACUGUCGACUCGGCCACCUACACACACAGAUCCCAUCCACACACACAAUGAAUGGGUUCGUCCCGUCCCGUCCAUACGCACACACAGCGAUGCAGGCAGGCAUGUCUAUACCCUACCGUACCUGGUGUGCGUUGAGGAGCGCAUGGAGGUCGGUGAAGUGGCUCAUGACUAGGAAGAUGCCCACCACACACAUGGCCAGGUCGGGGGACUUCCGCCCCUCGUCCCGCAGCACCCGCGACAGCACACCAACGAUGCUCUCGUGCUCUACCAGAUGCACCAACGAGGACGGCGACGCACACAGCGACAGCAACGCACGAGCACCCUACACACCACACACAUCGACCACACACACAUACACACGUGGGUGGCUGGGUGUGUGAGGAGGGAGGGAGGCUUACGGCGACUUUUUCUUCCAUGGCUUCGUCGUAAAGCUUUUCGAGGUAGUCGUCCAGCAUCCCCACGUCAGCCAGCGGCAGCUGCAGCAACUCCCCACACUCCCCACCACCCCUACCACCACCGCCAUAAGCGUCACCGCGCUGACCCAUGUCAGUCAUGAAUGGCACGGCACACACAUGUCAGUCAGUCAGCGUCAAAGAACGUGUGUGUGGGUGUCCGUCUAUGGACACAGGCACCUGUCUAGAGGAGGGUCCGGCGGCUGCAGCUGGCUGUGGCUGCGAUGCGGGUGGUAUUGGCGGUGCGAUGAGUUGUGUGAGUAGGUCCUCGACCUCAGUGGUGCGUGAGGGGUGGAUGAUCUUGGACCUCUCCACAAUCUCACGCGCCACGACCGGCACGUUGUCCCGGUGCAAAUCAGACACAUCCACCUGGAUUGAUUCAUUUGAUUGAAUGCACACAACAAACACAAUGCAAUGCACCCACGUCACGCCUGUGUGUGUACGUGCGUGUGUGUGGAUGAUGUGUGGGCUGAAGAGCAUACCUACCUACCUUGAUCUUUCUCUGCCCCGGUAUGCUCUCACUGCGGGUCACCUCUCCAGAAGCAUCACAAUACAGCGUUUCUGAUGAAUGAUUCAAUGAAUGGAACAGAUGAGAUGACGCUCACACAAUCAUGUCUGUCUGUGCGUCUAUGUAUGUGUGUCUGUGUAUGUGUGUGUGUGUACCUACCGGUGACGUAGUGGACGAGUAUGGCGUUUUCUUGGGCAUCCAAUUCGAUGUGCCCCGGCCGCACCUUCCGACGAGUGCCGGCCGACGGGCUGUUGGCGCUGGCAGGGGAGGACAUCUACCUCAUUGUCACGCAGGCGGAUC